GUGUGAUGUCAUAAGUCUGCGCCGCAAGCGUUGUGAUCAUCCCUCAGAAGAAAGGACAAAUUGAAGUGACACAGAUAUGGCAUUUGUUAAAGAGGAGAGUGAAGAAAUCAAGAUUGAACAAGUGUGCAGUGUGAACCCAGAAGAAACUGAGGAACAAACCAGGAUGACAUUCAUUAAAGUGGAGAGUGAAGAAAUGAACAUAGAAGCAUUCAUUGUGAAACAAGAAGACACCGAGGAUCAGACAAAGAUGGGGUUUAUUAAAGAGGAGAGUGAAGAAACGAAGAUAGAAGCAUUCACUGUGAAACAAGAAGAAACUAAAGAACAAACAUUUACUAAAGAGGAAAGUGAAGACAUGAUGAUUGAAGAUGCAUUCACUGUGGGACAAACAGUAUUUAAACCAUAUCAGUUUGAGCCUGAGUCGGAUCCUGAUGCUGAUGACCAACAGGAUGAAUCGGAACCUUUCCUAGCGCGACUUCAGCAGAACGUUUCACAGUGGUGCAGAUGUGAAAACUGUAAUCGGAUGCCCAUUGGAGUUGAAAAUGUCUGCUGCGUGGAAAUACCAAAGGUUUUAAGACGAAUGAAUCAGGUUUCAGGGCCUCUGAAAUGCAUCACACACCACCCAGGCUUCGAACCGAACUGUUUGAAUCCUUACACCCUGCAGAACAUUUUAAACAUUUACAAAGCUGAUUAUGGAAAUUUGAAGCGUAGAACUGAAGAAGCGCGGUACCGUUCUGUCGCCCAACGAAGCUUCGUCAGCUGGUGCUGGGGCUAUUUAGGACGGAAAAUCAGGGUUGUUCUUCCAUCCUGUGUUGUGCUCCGGAUUCAGCAGGAGUUUCCUGAUCAGGAUGGACAGUUUGUUGGAUUUCGACCACCCCUUGACUAAAGCUUGAGACAUGGUGGACAAUAUCUUCCUCCGUUAAAGGUUUCUCAAACUGAGUUAAAUGUUUAGCUCUCCUGCAAAUGGUGUGGGUUCUGCAAACACCUGUUCAAAGACGAGCUUCAUCAGUUCAUUCACAUUUUCUGUAAAGCAUAGCAUACAGAAGAAAUUUAUAUUAUAUUCAUUCAUUUUGAUAUACAACCUACCCCUUUAGAACAUCUCAAAUGUGUCACUAUGUGUAAAGUGUAUUUGUAGAUGUGUUUAAAUAAAAUUCAUUUUAUAACA